UGACGUUUUUGACACAUUGCAUUCAUUCCAACAACAUUUUGUAUACUUUUAACAAUUUUAAUUUAAUUUUUGACGAAAAUGGCAACGCCAAACUACAUUUUAUACUUCUUCGUUGUUUCAUUGCUGUGGAGCACAUGUUCGGCGCUUGAAUGUUACGUUUGCUCCAAUCAAACCGACAAUGCCGAGAAAUGCCUAAACACAAUAAAAACUUGCGAGCAAGGCGAAGAUGUAUGCUUAUCCGAAAUUCGGUGGGGUAGUCAGCCUUACUUUUCACAAGGUGCGUUAAAGCAGUACUACGUUUCCAAAAGAUGUUCGACAAAGCAAAUGUGCACCAAAAUUCGAAAUCGUUACAUGAGAUACUGUACACACAUUUGGUAUGAGGACUGGACAUGUUCGGAAUGUUGCCAGGGAGAUCGCUGCAAUUACUACAUCAUCAGUGGAAGUACGAAAUUCUUGGUCUCAACGGUCGCUCUACUAGCAGUGUCCAUAGCUGUAGUUCUUCAAAAGAUAUUUUAAAAACUGUAAGUUUUGUCGUGUAAUGUUUAAGAGGUUUUCUGUGCGACACCGUGAAAACCGUGCUGUAAUUUACAUUCCGUCCAUAGUUUUAUGACAUCAGUCACCAUUAGGUAGGUCUAAAUGUUUUUUUUGAUGAGUAUAGUUAAGUGAAUCUCAUUUGUGACUGACGACGAAUUGACAUUUUUUGUAACAAAAUCGUGAAACUUUUGAAAGGGGUCGUUCAUGAGCUGAUUCUCUCCUAUCCACGAAAGUGGACGAGUGUAAGAUUAGAUUCCAGAAACAAUUCACCUCUAAGGUCAUUCUUUUAAAUUAGCGAACAUUUAGUCAACCGAUAAACAAAAUUGAAAUUUUUAAUGGGAGAGGUGACUCAUGCACUGACUCCAAUCGAAUUAAGUUCAUAAAUUGAGAUUCGUGAGUCGUUUUUUUCCAAAUUCAUUAAGCACAAAACAUUCCGUCCAGCAAAUUCAAAAUAAUUUUAGAAUUGUAAAUAAGAACCGUUUUUUGUACGAUUACCAUCAACAGACCCAGAUCUGUUCAAGUAAAUAAAAAGAAAAAUUUUACAUGAAAAUUAAUUUC